AUGCAAGCGCUUCCGUAUAUUCCUGUAGCUUUAAGCCAAGCUUCGUCGGAAGCCUCCCAGUGUCCAAAAUACAACUGUUUAACUGAAUGCCCGGCGAAUUUGAAAGAAGCUGUAGAUUGGAUCUUGAGCAUUACAAAUAAAAAUGAGGAUGGAAGUGAAGGUGUGAAAGGCUUGGCUGCGGAUUUGGUAAACCUGUUUCAGCAAGUCAAGGAUUUUGUCCAAAAUGCUGGCGAUAAGGAGGUGCUUACGGCAGUGAUAACGAUUUUGGAAAAUAGUGAUAAGACUGCUAAGAGUGGUACCACAUACGGCUUAAUAAGCCCGCUUAGCACAGCGCUGGCCAAAUUCGUAGGAUAUAAGAAUAACGGUGCGGGUCUUGGUAGUGGAAAAUGGGAAUUGGGUGAUGCAGGUAUUGGUAAUACGAAGGAUAUUCGGUGUGAUGCAAGCGAUGACGAUGAGCGAAAGUCCAAAUAUGUAUCUGCAUAUAAGAAUGUCAGGUGGGACAAUGUUUCUAACGUGCCUGAAAAGAAGGAAAAGUGCGCUCGUAUAUUCCUUGGUUGUAUCCAACUUAUCUUCUCUGCGCUCAGUUACCUAUAUUGGAAAUGUCACGUUGGCUCUGAUAAUGAUAAAAGGUGGACCGAGAACGAUACGAAUAGGAAACCUCAUAAGAUAAACGACAUUGAUACCACCCUGGGCAUCUUCAUGGUAUCUAUGGGCUAUGAUAGGUCGCAUUUGAGUGACCAGAUUGGCUCAAGCAUUACACUUUAUCCCAUAACCAUUGGCGCUGAUGCAGCAACAGUCAUCCAAGGGCCUUAUGCCGAAUUUAUCAGGUAUGCGCAUGAGGUGUACACAAGCAAAGAUCAGAGAUUGAACUUCUCCAAGUAUCCCCUCACAUGGUUAUACGCGGCAACAGGGGCUUAUUUUAGAGCGGCAGAAAACAAGGACAGGGCAACACAUGACAAGGGUAAACGUGUACCAGCAACUAUUCGUGAAAUGUUGUAUUGGCUAAUGGUAUUGCCAUCUAGUCCCGUUUACUGGCGGCUAGAGCAGUAUAUAAAAACUGCGAUUCACAGUGUUAGUCAUGGGGAUGGUGAUGUUAGCUUUAUAAAGGGGAAGCAUGACUUAGAACAUUUCAGUUUCCACCAUGAUUCGGUAGGUUAUCAUCUUCGUGCACCUUGCUACUAUGCUGGAUUUGUAUUGAUGACCAUUCAAGGUGGUAUAACACCAAAUACCGGCGCAACUGCGAAGCCAAAGCUAUCAACCAGUGGUGAGGUAAUCCUCCACGACAUAUAUGCUAAUACCCUAUUCAACUUCACAUAUCCCAGUGUAGAUUCAGAUUGUUAUAAUAUGUUCUCGGAUAUAGUAUUCGAAUUGUAUUUUCAACUUUACUUUCUAAGGUCACAGUGUCUCUAUGCCAGUGGUGAUUGGGGAUGGCGGUGGUGUAAUUAUGGUAAAGAUAUAAAAUACGACGGUAAGUCAAGGAUGUGUCCGGACACUGGAGGUCGUCACAGCGAUUCCUGUGGCAACGGUAAAGAUGGAAAUCAAUCUCCCCUUCAAGCCUUUUUAUGUGAUGGUCUAUCACAGUUCCGAUCUGUAGUGUUGGAAAACGAAAAGUCUCUUCCGAACUCAACUCGUCAGCAGAAGGACUAUCUACCUUAUACAGAACACGCUGAACACACCAACAGUCGUUACCAGCACUGUCCGGUCCCCAUGGGUUUUGAAACACACCUUUGGUCAUCUGCACGUACCGGUACUUAUCUCGAACGUAUCUUGCUGGACUUUGUGCAGCAGAAUAUUACCCAUAUUAAUCCGUGUCUAUGGGCGUGGUGCAUCUUUUGUGUAACACGCCAUGUCCCCCGUACUCUAGGAGACACGUUCGCGUUUUUCUUCCGUGUAGGAGACGGUAACAAUACCAAUGUCAUAAAGGUGUUGAGGGGGGAGAUGAAUAAUGCACCAGGACGCAAUAGUGGGACUACUUUGAUCAAAGCUCUAAAUACCUUAGUAGGUACAUAUCACGGUUCCAGGGGUCGGAGCGAUCACACAGUCGCUACCCUUUACACUCUGCAAAACAGCGGUUGCGAAAAUAACAGGACAGGUGAGGCCAAAACCUGCGGUCAAUACCUUGGUCCCAUUGCGUGGCAUAUAUACUGGUUUUUUUGUAAAGAGCUUGCUUAUGUAUACCUAUCGUGGAUAGUGUAUCUUAACGAGGAAUUCAAAAAAGGACUAGAACAAUUCCUCACAGACUUCAAUAACAUCAAGUGUGACUCCAACAUUGGAUGUAAAGGUAAUUGUAAUCACAAGGACAAUGGUACUCAUGGAAAAGACUGUGAGUGCGCCAGCAUAGUUCAAUGUGCUGGGGUGUUCCCCCUUUUAUACAAAUAUGGAUUUGUAUAUCACAAUGCCACUCGUCUGAAUCAGAAAUCUGGGGGUAAUAUAGGAACCAUGCGCCAAUGCAAAGACUUCGUGGAAGAACUGAAUAAACUGAUGCAUCCCAAAGGGGAUACUAAGAAUCUAUUCGAGGGUCUAUUUGCAGCCAUAUACAAUUUCCUUAAAGGCAUUCGCGAACCAUUCCUUUAUUACCUCCUGACGUUUUGGUUCGUCGCUAUAGCCUACCUAACAUAUGGUAUGCUCCUACCACUCGACCUACUGCACAUUCUGUCGCAUUGGAGGUUGGCUAAAAGCCAUGAAAUUCUUCCAACCAAUCUAUUCUCAGAGAAGGUAUUGGUUGGUGAUAUAUUGUAUUUUAAACCAUAA